AUGAUUCUUCCCUUUUGGUUCGUUCUUCUUGUAAUGGCGAUACGUACCGUCCAUCUGUCUCUCCCCACGAUUGUCUUCAUGGGCUCUGAAUCCCAAGAUACGAGGUUGCCUUACGCGAUCUCCUUUCUGGGAGGAGUGCCAUGGAUCCCCCUCUCCGAUCUGAUGCCGAAGUCGCCUCGAACCAUGUACUGUACUAUGGAGACCGAACCCCUGGUCCUCCCUCCGCUUCGGGUGUGGGAGUUCUCAGGGGAGCAGGCGCUAUCCAAGCACAAGCGUAUGCAUGGUAUCAUACUAAACCACGAGUCUGGCGAACUCCGAUUGUGGAUGUCGAGAGAUCUCGAGGGGGAGAAAUUCUCGGAGAAAGGAAGAGCGAGAGAGAAGAAAAAUGCCACUGCCACACUGCCACACCACUUGGCUGGACCCUCUCUAGCCAGCGGUGUCACCCGGAGGUAUUGCACUAGGAAAUCCUGCCCUGUGGAACCACCCCAAACCCUCCGCCCACCCCACACCAUCCUGUCUGUCUUCCCCUCCAGGUUUCUUUUCCAUCAAAUGCUGGGAGCUUUGGGGUUUAACCUUAGGGAAGCACUAAGCUUAACAGCCCUGAGCUCCAGGAUCCCCGAGAGGAAUCCUUAUGUAGUGACGAUGGUAUUUAAAAAGGGCAGACAGAGCAUGAAGCCUGAGGAUCUGCGGUCCGGGCCCCUCCCUCCUCGUUUGAACCUUCUGUCCUAUGAUGAACGUCAGUUCGCUCUCUGGGUUUUGUUUUUCGGCAUCCCCGAGACAAUACCGCGCUAA